AAUGAAACGUUUCGUUUUUAGUUUGCUGGCAAUUAAAUGCUUCUCUCUCUAGCAAUAACAGAAACUGGCAAAAAGAAAAGCCCUCAGUGCCUUUUUCUUUUUCUCUCUCUUCCUCUUUUGUAAUUAAUUAAUUAAUUACUUUUUUUCCAUUGCUCUAGAUAGAGUGAGAGAAGCAAGAAAGUCUUUGAAACUCUCUUCUCUUCUUCUUAGUUGUGUUCAGUGUGAGUUGGAGAACACAACCGAUAUACGCUGUCGUUUCUGCUUUGCGCACGUCGGCCGGUGUUUUCUGAUGAAUGUGAAUGUGAAUGUGAAAUGAUGGAAUGACUACAUAGUGGAGUCGGUUGAAAAUGCCUAGUAGCAAGGUUUAUCUGACGUACAAACGAAAGCUACCAUUAUCUAGAACUGGCAUUGCCCAUCAAAAUGGGUGCCAUAAUUCACUUUCUGAAGGACCAAGUGACACUGAUGUGACUGCCCCAGAUAAGCAUGAUGCACCAGUUGAUGAGCACAAAUCAGAAAAUCAGCAAAGGAAUUCAUUGAUAUUUCCUGGAUGUUUUGUAUGUGGUGUCACAGCCAACCUGCUGCAAUGCAAAGACUGCCAUCAACCUUAUCAUCAGGAGUGCCUUGAUAGGUUGCCUAAGUCGAAGCAUAUUCUGAACAGGGAAAGUGUGAGCUGUGGUUGUAAACUACAAGAUUCUUCUGUGCUUCAGCCAAUCCAAAAAUCAAGCAGAUUGGAAACAAUGAAACACACUGGGGGACCUGAUAAGAAACUAAUGACUGUUAGUUCUUGUAAAUCACCUGUUGUGGGGAUUCUUGGCGAGGGCACCUCUGGGAAGGACACAGAGGCACAUAGUUAUCUGGAUAUAUCCUUGAAAAGUAAAUUACAUCAUGUUCAAGUUAAUUCAUGUUCAGUCAUGAAUGUAGAUUCUGAAGAGAAAUUAAUUUCUCAGUCAACAGGGAUCAAUACCGGAGCGAGUUUGGAUUUUAUCAGCUCAAAAUCAUCCUUAGAAGGUAGUUGCAAUGCUGUGUGUGAUACUGGUUCAUGUUUUCUGAAAGCAUCAAACUUGGAAGGCACUGGUACAAACUCUAAAGAUAAGUCUACUGACAGUACUGGCUGUUUGCAUGGGCCAACCAAGUUGAGUAAUCCAUUAAUUACUUUUAGUCGAAGAUGUAAAAGGAAAAAAGACGAUACUGAGGAUGAUAUAAAAAGUUCAUUUCUUGAGGAGAAAAAUUGUUCAUUUCUUACCAAAUGGAGUAAAACCACUGAUGGUGCAGCUUCUCUUAAGGUCUCCUUUGAAGAUAAUUCAAGAGAAAUGGAGAUACCCAGGGUGGACAUAGAUUCAGGGAAUAUGUUUCAUCAAAAUCAAGAUAAUAUAAGAGCUGUUGAUUCUGCACACAUUCAUGCGAAUUUUGCUUUGGAAGCUAAGACUUUGACUUGUGAAGAAAAAAUAUCCCAUGGUUCUAAAAGCAAAUCCAAUGAGAUCUCACCUAUCAGCAGACAAGGGCAGAUUUUCAGAGUUAACGUGAACACUGUAGGAGCUCCUCUGGGCAGUUUACAGAUCUCAUUGAAUGAUGCUGCUAAGGAUCCUUGUGAAGCUAGAGUCACAGAUACAGAGUUGGUAAACACUAAAUGUCAAGGUGAAUCUGAAAUUCUGUCGAGUGAUGGUGCAAAAGCAACGAUAGUUCCUGAUUACACAAAAGAAAGAAAGCAACCUUAUUUGGAUAUGUCUGUUACUCCUGAUUCAUGUGGGACAUUGGACCAUGAUGUCAAUUUGGAUUUGGGCAGUCAAAAGGAGCCUGCUCAUGGUGCUUCAGAAUCUCUUCGAGGCUCAAUGGACUCCACAAGCAGAAGUCAUGCUACUGUUUUAGAUCGAAUGUCCCCUUCUGAAUUAUUGCAAUGUAAGAAUAAGAGAGUGGAGGAAGUCUCACCAGUUCAUUCAACAAGGGUAUUUAGUGAUGCAUCUACUUCAGAGGAAGAAGCUGGUGUCAACUCAAAAGAUAAUGAUGUAGACUGUCAUGAGUUCUCCAUGGACAAUACAUCAAAAAAUGAAUGUCUGCAGCUAUUUUCUGAAGAAAAAGGCAACAGUUUCCGCCUAGCAAUUACAAAGCCAGAAGUUACUGCCAGCAUGGUUUUAGAUGAAAGCAAAUCUCUUCAUUUUGGAAGCGACUAUAAUCAGAUGAGACAGACUUCAUUUGGUUCUCUAUUAGAUUUGGGUUUAUCCCUGCCAACAGAGCCUAAUACGGACCAUUCUUAUUCGAAAAAGCGCUCCAUCACAUCACCAAUUUGGAACUCUGAUUGUAAAAUCAGAGAUUUUGUUCAAGAUGCACUGCCUCAAUCUUCUUCUAACCAUGCAGCUUCAUUGCUGAGACAUAAGCUGAUGCUUGAUAGUAUUGUAACUCAAGCAAGUGCUUUGAAUGCAAAGGGUGCUUUUCAAGACAAGUUUAAGUCAUAUACUAUGUGGUCAGAAGAAGAACUUGAUUCUCUUUGGAUAGGUGUGAGGAGACAUGGAAGAGACAACUGGCAUGCAAUGUUAAGGGACCCAAGACUCCAUUUUUCUUCUUGGAAAAAAGCAAGGGACCUUUCUGAGCAGUGGGAGGAGGAGGAAGCUAAACUGCUGAAUGGCACUCAUGUUUUACAAUUCAAGUCUCCAACAACACAUGGUGUUUAUUCGGACAAUAACAGUCACUACAUGUGCACAAAGACUGGAAUCUGGAGAGAAGAUGCAACUGAGGAAACUAGACUUUCACUAGGAGAUGUAUAUGCUCAUAGAACUAACAGCAGCUCAAAGAGGCGGCGUGCCAACUUACUUGGUGUUGAAAGUAAUGACAUCAAAAAGCAACGUAGACCUGCUACUUACCCAAGGAAUGCAUCUUAUCCAGAUUUUCAGGGUGAGAUAUGUAGCAAGGGAUCAUAUGGUCAUUUUGGGUGUAUGACUAUGCCAAGGUGUGAUCCAUUGCUAAUUAAUACCCCUUUCACUGCCUUGGCAUCCAAAGGUAAUUUGCCUCACUGGCUAAGAGAAGCAGUAAAUACUCCUCCAAGGCCAAUGAAGGCAACUCUACUCCCUGAUUUUUCAUCUAUUGCUCAUUCUGGGGCAAAUAGGUUUUUCAAGCCAUAUCCAGAUCCUCGCGAGCUACACUUUAGUGGCAUGAUGACUCGUAUAGAUGAAGAUUUUAGUGGUAUAAGGGCAAAUGAGCUGCAGCCAUCUGGUAGUGCUCAUCAUUACAAUGUCUCCUUGGGAAUGAGACAUGGAAAUUCUGACAUGUGCAGUUCGAAAGGUCUUGUUAAUAAACCAGACAACUUGAUCAUUAUUGAUAGUGAUGCAUCAUCUGAGGAGACUAUAUCAGAUGAUCAUAGUGCUAGGCCCUAGUUUUGAAGAGAUUAUGUAAGCGAGACUCUUUUCUCUAGUUUUCUCAAAUGUAUUCACUGUCUGCUGUACAGUUUUGCAGUUUAGCAUUUUGUAAACAGGUUCCAACUGAUUUCCUUAUCGGUAUUAGACCCACUAGUUGAUGUAGUAGUCUGCUUCAUACUCUCUAGAGGCUAGCAGUAUCUGGAAAAUUAUUUUACUGGACUUGUAAUGAUCUGUGUAUUUUUCAUGGCCUUGGGAACAGAUCACUAGUUUCAACA